AUGGCCGUGGCCGGAAAUGCUCAGCAGCCUCUGGUGGAACUUAACGAGCUGCCAUCAGCAAGAGAGGAGCUGCACCAGUUGCUGGUUCAGCUUUACACAACGCUGUUUGAGGAGCAAAGUUUCCUGGAGUUGCUCAUGGAGAGGUACCGAGCCAGCUGGACACUGGGAACGCCGAUCAAGCAUUGGCACCAUCGGUGGAUGGAAUUCCACCGUGAGAACCCUGAGGCUGGAAACCGUUUCUCUCCAGGAAACUGGUUCUGGUACUUCGGCAUGGUGGUCCUCCUUCCACGUGAGAUGUAUGGUCGUAGCGACGACAAGAAUGCGGGCGAUUUUACAGAAGGAUUCCUGAUGUUCGUCUACGAUGCAGGAUCCGAGUGUCGUCGCAGCCGAAAGGUUUUCUACCAUUUGCGCCGCUGGGUGUUGGCUUUGAAGAAGUUCCUUGAGCUGUCUAUGCCAAUGGCCCAGGACAUGUUCGCCUGCCAGCCGACAUGGACUUGGGAGCAUGUCACUGUCUUUAAUGAUAUGCUUGCUGCCCGGGGCGUGUGA